AUGGUUUUUAUGCUGUGUCUACUAUUUUUCUACCUUAUUUUUUUCAUAACUCCUAGUUCUUCUGAAAAAUGUACAAUUUCUAACCAAAAUAUAUCUGAAAUUGAUGAUAAUUGUGAAAUAAUAAAUGGAAAUGUUGUUUUGGAUGAGAAAUCUGAUGAAAAAACUGUGGAAUUAUUUAUUAAAAAAUUAUCACAAGUUAGACAAAUAUUUGGAAGUGUUGUUGUAACAAAUACAAGUUUUGUCAAACUCGAUUUUUUGCCGAAAUUGCGGAGUAUUGUUUAUACACCAGUUACUAAACAAUAUUCAUUAGGUAGGAAUAUUGAUCUACUUUGUAAUGUUUACUGUAGAAUGUCUAAUUUUGUGAAUAAUCUAGAGUUACGAGUUUGUGAUUGAAUUGCAACUGUGAAAAAUUCACUAAACAGUACAUUUUGGAUAGAAUCACAGAGCGGAUUGCUGAACAAAAAAUUUUUUUCUAAUACUUCUAAUUGUAAGAAGUACUUCUAACCAUAAAUGUUAAGUUAUAUUUUAGCUCGCCAGCACGCUCUUUACAUUGUAAAUAAUAAAUUUCUUGAGUCGAUGAAUCUUCCAAACAUUGAAAUAGCAAUGAAUGAUGUAUUUCCAACAGAUAUGAAUUUUUUCGGGUGAGUUGAAGCUUAUUUAAAAAUUCUUGAAACCGUUUUUUUAGAACUUCUAUUUAUGAUAAUCCGGUUUUAUGUUUCGAUUUUCAAACUCUUAUGAAGUUCUACAAAUUCCCCAGGUUUUUCAUAUCCCCAAAAACUUUAUGUGAUCCACAAAUUCUUGAAGAAACAAAAAUGUAUACAAAAUAUACAGAUGCGAAUUCAACCAGUUAGUUUUCUGCAAAACUUGAGAAUUCAUGUUUUUUUCUGUAGAAGUAUUUUGUUAUAUGGAAUAUUUCAAUUAUUCAAUGCCACUCGGCUGCCAAAUUUUGGAAAAACCAUUGGUUGUAGAUGAAUCAGAUGAUGGCACUAAUAAUUUAUUUGUAUUCCAAGAAGCCAUUAAAACUGUUGAAAUUAUUUUGGGACCAAUUUUUAUCACAGAUUCGACUGCAACAAAUCUCAAUUUUUCAAGUCUCGAACUUUUGAAUAAUAUGUACUUUGAUUAUGAACCUGUAACAUCAUUACAAAAUAGUGUUAUUUUCUUGAAGAAUAAUACAAAAUUGCUCAUGUUAAGCUUUCCGAAAAGUCCCGAAAUAUAUCAUUAUGGAACAACUUCAUUUAUUUAUACAGAACUUAAUACAAAUAUAGUAUUAAAUGAUGAUCUAUGUAAAUUUGUGAAGAAAUUAUAUAUGUUUGAUUUUAAUGAUAAAUUUGAGAAUUGUGGUUAGUUUUUCUCAAAUUGAAACAUGAAGUAUUGAAUACAUAUUGUUUAGGGCAUUUUCCAACAUUUGAACCAGAAUCAGAUUUUUAUAUAACAUUAAUAGAAAGUGGUAUUUGUAUAAUUCUAACAUUUUUACUUUAUAUUUCAUUAUUUUAUGUAAUUUUAAAAACAAAACAUAUAGUUAGUCAUUAUCAAUAUUCAAUAAUAAUUUAUAUAAUAAUAUGUUCAAUUGAAGCAAUUUAUGCAGUUAUAAAUUAUAUUGAAAUAUUUGAUAUUAAUAAUUAUGGACAUGUUUUAGGAUUACAAUUUUUAUUAUUUUCAAAUAAGCGAUCAUAUUUUUAUCAAUUAUUUAAUAUAAUUUAUACAAAUCGUUUAUCAUUAUUAUGUUCUUGUUCACUUUAUCGAACAGUUUCAUUUAUUAGUUUAAAUUCUGGAAAAUUUGCUAUAUUUUUAGCAUUUCUUAUAUUUGUUAUAUCAAAUAUUUCAACACUUGGUGGUUUAGCUGGAAAAGGUAGCCAAUAUAGUUUUGUUUUAUAUCCUUUUACUUGGUUUACUUUUAUUUUAACUAUUUCAACUUCUAUAUUUUUAACUAUUUAUCUUCGAAUUUCUUUUAAAAAUCAUCAUGAAAUACGAAAGCAUCAAUUGAAAUUAUCAUUUAUUUUCUGUUCACAAGCUAUUAUUGCUUUUGGAUUUUGUGGAUUUCCUGACGCAUUUUUUGAAUCUUGGUUGCAAGCUGAUGGAAUGACUCAACUUCGAACAACUCAAAAAACAACUAUUCUAGAAUUUGUAAGAAGCCACACAGUAUUCAGUUAUCGUGUAUGUUUUUCUUUUUUUUUUGAAGAAAAAAAUUGAUCUAUUCCAGAAUGCUUCAAUAAUUGUUCGUUGGCAAUAUCCAAUGUAUGCUUUUAUGCUAAGAUUAUCAAUUAAACAAAUGUUGAAAAAAGUAUCAACAAAAGCAUCGAAAAGAAAUUAA